AUGGUGAUGAAUUUGGUCAAGGAAGUCACGGAUGGCACAACGGAUAUGGCCACGGAUUUGGUCACGGAAGUCACGGAUGGCACAACGGAUAUGGCCACGGAUUUGGUCAAGGAAGUCACGGAUGGCACAACGGAUAUGGUCACGGAUUUGGUCACGGAAGUCACGGAUGGCACAACGGAUAUGGUCACGGAUUUGGUCACGGAAGUCACGGAUGGCACAACGGAUAUGGCCACGGAUUUGGUCAAGGAAGUCACGGAUGGCACAACGGAUAUGGUCACGGAUUUGGUCACGGAAGUCACGGAUGGCACAACGGAUAUGGUCACGGAAGUCACGGAUGGCACAACGGAUAUGGUGAUGAAUUUGGUCAAGGAAGUCACGGAUGGCACAACGGAUAUGGUCACGGAUUUGGUCACGGAAGUCACGGAUGGCACAAAGGAUAUGGUCAGGGAUUUGGUCACGGAAGUCACGGAUGGCACAUCGGAGGCACCGACGGAUUUAGGC